AUGAUUAAACCUAUUAUUUCUAAAGUUCGAAAUAUCGUAAAGUGGGUGAAAAAUAACGUGAGAGUUAGUGAUCUUUUAAGAAAGAAGCAGUCGGAAAACGGAGUUCCAGAAGGGUCAAUGAAAAAAUUAAUAUUAGAUGUUCCAACACGCUGGAACUCUGUUUUUUAUAUGAUCAGUAGAUUUGUAGAGAUGGUAACAUUAAUAAGUCCAUUACUAAUCAAAGAUUAUACUGCUCCUGUGAUGCUAACGGCGAUUGAAAUGGAUACGCUCAAACAAUUGUUGGAUUUAUUAAAACCAAUGGAAUUUGUGACGAAAGAAUCUUCUGGGAAAAAUUACAUUACAAUUUCCAAAGUCAUACCAAUGAUCAGCUACUUGCAAAAACAAUUGACACAAAUUAAACCAUAUUUUGAGGUAAUAUGUGAAAUUAAAGACUUAUUACAUGCUGAACUGACUCGAAUAUUUGGAAUGAUUGAACAGGUCAAACCAAUUGCAAUUGCUACACUUCUGGACCCAAGAUUUAAAAUUUUACAUUUUAAUGAUCCAGUAGCCUGUUCAAGUGCGAUAGCAGAUUUAAGAAAGUUGUCAAAGUUGGACACCAUUUCUUCUAGUGAGUCAGAAGGAGAACAUUCUAAAACAGACAACUUCGAUUUUUGGGCACAUCAUAAAUAUUUGGUUCAUGGCCAAAAAAAGAAAAAGACCACAACUUUUAUGAAAGACGAGUUAUCGUUUUACUUAUCAAAUCCAGUAUCAACCCUGAAGUCUGAUCCUCUUAAAAUAUGGGAGGAUAUGAAACACGUAUUUCCUAUUUUGUAUAAACAAGCGCGUUUGCACACUUCACCAUGGUUGCAACAUCUGUUCCUUGCGAACGACUUUUUUCAAAGGCUGGAGCAACAUUAA